AUGGAUGAUUUUCUGAACCUGGAACUGCUCUCGCUUGUAUCCAAGGUCACCUCAGAACUUCAGAACCAUGUUGGCGUUAGCGACAAGACUCUCGCCGAGUUCCUCAUCGCCCAACGCAUCGAGAGCAAAAAUGCCGACGAGUUUCGCUCGAAAUUGGACGGCCUCGGCGCCGACUUCCCGCCAAGUCUAGUGGACAGCUUGGAACGCUUGGUGCUGACCAUGCAUCCCCGCUUCAAGGGCAGUAAAGCCGCGGCUGAGCCCAAAGAGGAGCACCACGGCCGGUCGCUUGAGGAAAAGGAGAAGGCUUUUAGCGGACUUGCGCUCGCAGAUGGCAAGCCAUCCUACCGAGACGACGAUGGCGAUGCUAUCGACGAUACGUUGGCGCUUCUGGAAGGUCUCGAAGGCAAAGCUCGCAAAGACAAGGGUACACGGAAACGAAGCCGGAGUCCCCGCGACGAAUCACGACGGCGAAGACGAGAUAGGUCACGAUCAAGAGAAGGGCGAAAGCGCGACAGAUUUCGUUCGCGCUCACCAUCACAGGACCGAGGCGACCAAGACUCGCGCAAUGGAUAUAGAGACUCGCGCAAGAGCCGCCACGGACGCCGGGAGGAUCGCUAUGACGCCUCAAGACACGCGCCCGCUCCCGAAAUGGACGACGAGCCUCAGCUCAAUAAAGUAUACGAAGGCCAUGUCACAGGCAUCAAAGACUUUGGCGCUUUUGUCAAUCUGCACAAUGUUCGUGGGCGACAGGAUGGUCUCGUGCACAUUUCCAAGAUUGCCGCCCAUCAGCGCGUAAACCACCCCUCAGAUCUCCUUGAAAAGGGUAAGAAUGUGUGGGUCAAGGUUGUCAGCGUUGAGGGCAAGCGCAUCAGCCUCUCCAUGGCAUCCGUCGAUCAGUCCACGGGCAUGGACAAGGAGCCGCAAGUGAGCUUCACGUCCGGCGCCAACAUGGAGGCACUGGGUGGCGGCGGUCGAGGGUUCAACGAUGUACCAUCCGGUAUGCCACGAGACGACAUUGGUGCACCAAGAAAACACAAGAAGAGGAUGACGUCGCCCGAGCGCUGGGAGAUCCGGCAACUGAUUGCUUCUGGUGUCGCCAAAGCGUCUGACUACCCUGACUUGGAGGAGGAAUACAACGCGACUUUGCGUGGCGACGGGGAGUUGGAGCUUGAGGAGGAUGUUGAUAUCGAAGUUCGCGAAGAAGAGCCUCCUUUCCUCGCGGGCCAAACAAAACAGUCACUUGAGCUAUCACCCAUUCGUGUUGUCAAGGCUCCUGAUGGCUCCAUGAACAGAGCUGCCAUGUCCGGCACAGCUUUAGCCAAAGAGAGAAAGGAACUAAAACAGCAAGAGGCAGAGGCUGCCAAGGAGAGGCCCAAGGAGAACCUGUCUUCCCAGUGGGAGGACCCCAUGGCAGACCCCGAAAAGAGACAGUUCGCCAGUGACUUGCGAAAUGCCAAGAUGAAUGCGGGUACAGAAGAUGUUCCCGAGUGGAAAAGAGCAAUCGUCCCGCGCAACCAAACGCUAGGAAAACGAACAAAUCUGAGCAUGAAAGAGCAGCGCGAAACACUGCCCGUAUAUGCGUUCCGCUCGCAGCUUAUCAAAGCUGUGCAAGAGAACCAAAUUCUGAUUGUUGUUGGUGAAACUGGCUCUGGUAAAACUACACAGCUGACGCAGUAUCUCGCCGAGGGCGGCUUUGCUAAUGACGGCGUCAUUGGCUGCACACAGCCGCGACGAGUUGCGGCCAUGUCCGUGGCAAAGCGUGUUGCCGAGGAAGUCGGUUGCAAGCUGGGUGAGGAAGUCGGUUACUACGUCCGUUUCGACGACAUGACGGGCCCCAUGACCAAGAUCAAGUACAUGACAGACGGUAUGCUUCUCCGAGAAGUUCUCGGUGACCCUGAUAUGAAGCGUUACUCGGUCAUCAUGCUCGACGAGGCGCACGAGCGUACCAUCUCGACUGAUGUGCUCUUUGCACUACUCAAGAAGGCUCUCAAACGCCGUCCUGAUCUCAAGGUCAUCGUCACCUCUGCCACCCUCGAUGCCGACAAAUUUUCCAUGUAUUUUAACGAAUGUCCCAUCUUUACGAUUCCUGGCAGAACAUUCCCUGUUGAGAUACUAUACUCGCGGGAGCCUGAAUCCGAUUAUCUUGAUACCGCGCUGGUCACGGUCAUGCAGAUCCACUUGACAGAGCCAAAGGGCGAUAUCCUCCUUUUCCUCACAGGUCAGGAAGAAAUCGACACAGCGUGCGAAGUGCUUUUUGAACGAAUGAAGGCACUUGGGCCGGGAGUGCCCGAACUUUUGAUUCUGCCCGUGUAUGCGCAGCUUCCAACCGAGAUGCAGAGCCGAAUUUUCGAUCCCGCCCCGCCCGGCGCGAGAAAGGUUGUCAUUGCCACCAACAUUGCUGAGACGUCAAUCACGAUUGACGAGAUUUACUACGUUAUUGAUCCAGGUUUCGUCAAGCAGAGCGCCUACGAUCCCAAAUUGGGCAUGGACUCGCUCAUCGUUACUCCAAUUUCCCAGGCACAAGCAAAUCAAAGAGCUGGCCGUGCUGGACGAACUGGACCUGGAAAGUGCUUCCGGCUCUAUACCGAAGCCGCCUACCAAUCGGAAAUGUUGCCGACCACGAUCCCUGAAAUUCAGCGCGCCAACUUGGCACACGUCAUUCUCAUGCUCAAGGCCAUGGGUAUCAACGAUUUGUUGCAUUUUGAUUUCAUGGACCCUCCGCCUGUCAAUACAAUGCUUACAGCCCUGGAGGAGUUGUACGCUCUCAGUGCUCUGGAUGACGAGGGUUUGCUCACCCGUCUGGGCCGCAAAAUGUCCGACUUUCCCAUGGAGCCUUCGCUUGCCAAAGUGCUCAUCACGGCGGUCGAUUACCAGUGCUCGGAGGAGAUGCUCAGCAUCGUGGCCAUGCUGAACCAGUCGACCAUCUUUUACCGGCCCAAGGAAAAGCAGACGCAGGCGGACCAGAAAAAGGCCAAGUUUCACGACCCGCACGGCGACCACCUCACGCUGCUCAACGUGUACAACGCGUGGAAGCACAGCAGCUACUCGAGACCGUGGUGCUUUGAAAACUUUAUCCAGGACCGCUCGAUGCGGCGCGCCAAGGACGUGCGCGACCAGAUUCUGCGCAUCAUGGAGCGGCACCGGCACCCCGUCGUCUCGUGCGGGCGCGACACGCAAAAGGUGCGGCGGGCGCUCUGCACGGGCUUCUUCCGGAGCGCGGCCCGCAAGGACCCCCAGGAGGGCUACAAGACGCUGACCGAGGGCACGCCCGUGUACCUGCACCCGUCGUCGGCGCUGUUUGGCAAGCAGGCCGAGUGGGUCAUUUACCACGAGCUGGUCCUGACGACCAAGGAGUACAUGCACUGGACGACGGCGAUUGAGCCCAAGUGGCUGGUGGAGGCGGCGCCGACGUUUUUCAAGGUGGCGCCCACGGACAGGCUGAGCAAGCGCAAGGCGCAGGAGAGAAUCUUGCCGCUGUAUAACAAGUUUGCUGGCGAGGACGAUUGGAGACUGAGCGCGCAGAAGAGAGGAGGACGUGGCGGCGGCGGCGGCACUUGGGGUUGA